AUGACUGUCCCUGCCCGAACCCGCCUCUCCUUCCAGUAUGAUGGAAAGCUCCUGCGCCUCGAGACGACGGUGCACUCGGUCCGGCCCUUUGCGGCGCUCGAGGAGGCCAACCAGGCCCUCUUUAAGCAGGCCAACGCCGACGAGGACCACGUCGUGGUGACCAAGGAGACUGUCUUCCACCCACAGGGCGGGGGGCAGCCGUCCGACGAGGGUACGUUGGCCGUCGUCGACCCAGGCGCCGAUGCCACGGCCCGCGCGGCGGCGGCGCCCAUCUUCCGCGUCCGGGCUGUGCGCAUGGACGCGGUCCACGACGGCCAGGUGCUUCAUCUAGGACGCUACGUGGGCGGCAGCGGCAGCAGCAUCGCCCCCGGCGCCGUCGUCGAGCAGGUCGUCGACGCCGACAAGCGGCUGCUGUACUCGCGGCUGCACACGGCCGGCCACGUGCUCGGGUCGGCGGUGCGCAGCCUGCUCGAGCAAGAGGUGCCGGGCUUCGACGAGCUCAAGGCGUCGCACUUCCCGGACAGCGCGGCGUGCGAGUUCCGCGGCAGCAUCGAGGGCCGGUGGAAGGAGCCCAUCCAGGCGCGCGUCGAUGAGUACCUGCGCCGCGCCAUGCCCGUCGAGAUUGACUUUUGGACCGAGGACGACUUCCGCCGCGAGGGCCUGGAGCGCCUGCUUCCGGACCGCGGCCUCUUGCCGCCGGGCGAGAAUCGCUUCCGAGUGGUGCGCAUCGUGGGCGCCGAGGUCUACCCCUGCGGCGGCACGCACGUCGACUCGACCGACCAGUGCGGGCCCACGACGGUGAGGAAGAUAUCGCGCGCCAAGGGCAUCAGCAGGGUCAGCUAUGCCGUCGCUGCCGCUGACGAUGGGCGCGGCCAGACGUGA